AUUACACUAAAGGAGUUGGAGACCAAGAUGAGAGAGCUCGAAGAUUUAAUGAGCAGCCUCAAUCCAGGGGGUGAACCAGACUCUUCCGGAGGCAUGGAAAUGACAGAUCUAAACGAGUUGACCGCUGAAGUACAAAAAUAUAACAGUGAUUUGGAGACGGAUAUCGUGACCCUGGAAGAGCUAGAACGAAGCGUCCCGAAUAUGGAGGCAGCAUCUGCCGAUUUAGUGAAAAGCCUUGAUAACUACCUUCUGAAAUUAGAACUGCAAACCCAAGAAAUGUCUGCUAGCACGAAGUAUUUCCGUUUCUGCUCUUGA